GCCGCCGGUGACUCAAAUCCCGCCGUACUAAUAUUUAAGUACCCACCAUUAACCCUCGUCGGAAAGAUCUUCACUUUACCUUCAUCUUCCUCAAUUCCUCAAUCCUUACUCUCUUCCAGGGUAAGAUCUUAUAUAUUAUGAUCUGCUGAGAGGAAUUUAAGUCUCGGUGAUCGGGGAACUCGAUAUGGAGGAGAGUGAAACAAAGGGGAGAAUCAAUCAAGAAACUGAAAAGGCUUGUGUUUCAGUUGAGAGAAUUGAGUCUACUUUACUCUCAUCAUUUGUGAAGAAAGGUAAAGAAGUACCAAAUAAGAGAAACUCUAAGCCGAAUAAGCGUAAAACAGAAGAAGAAAUCUGUUCGAAAUCCAGAAACAAGAAGUAUUCUCGAGGAUGGGUUCGUUGUGAGGAAAUGGAGGAGGAGAAGGUUAAGAAAACAAGGAAGAGGAAAAGUAAGAGACAGCAAAAGGAUAAUAAGGUCGAGGUAGAUGAUUCGUUAAGGUUGCAGAGGCGGACAAGGUAUUUGCUCAUUAAGAUGAAGAUGCAGCAGAAUCUUAUCGAUGCAUACGCAACUGAAGGUUGGAAAGGUCAGAGCCGGGAAAAGAUAAGACCAGACAAGGAGCUUGAGAGAGCCCGGAAAGAGAUCUUAAACUGCAAGCUUGGACUACGCGACGCCAUUCGCCAGCUGGAUCUGCUUAGUUCUGUGGGAAGCAUGGAAGAGAAAGUGAUAGCUCCAGAUGGAUCUAUUCAUCAUGACCAUAUAUUUUGUGCGGUAUGUAAUUCUCGAGAAGCUUUUCCAGACAAUGAUAUAAUACUUUGUGAUGGAACGUGUAAUCGAGCAUUUCACCAGAAGUGCCUUGACCCUCCUUUGGAAACAGAAAGCAUACCUCCCGGAGAUCUGGGCUGGUUUUGCAAAUUUUGUGAUUGCAAAAUGGAAAUCAUCGAUACAAUGAAUGCGCAAAUUGGUACCCAUUUCCCUGUGGACAGCAACUGGCAGGAUAUCUUCAAUGAAGAAGCUAGUCUUCCUAUUGGAUCUGAAGCUACACUUAACAAUGAAGCAGAUUGGCCUUCGGAUGACUCCAAGGAUGAUGAUUAUGACCCUGAAAUGAGGGAAACCGGUGGAGGAAAUAGCAGCAACGUUAGUGGUGAUGGUGGUGGUGAUAAUGAUGGUGAAAGCAUUUCAACCAGUUUGAGCUUAUCUUCUGAUGGUGUUGCCCUUUCAACGGGAUCAUGGGAAGGCCAUAGACUCAGCAAUAUGUUGGAACAAUGUGAAACAAGUAAUGAAGAAACUGUUUGUGGGCCAAGACAGCGAAGGACUGUUGACUAUACAAAGUUGUACUAUGAAAUGUUUGGAAAGGAUGCAGUUUUGCAAGAACAAGGUAGUGAAGAUGAAGACUGGGGUCCGAAUGACAGAAGGAAGAGAAAAAGGGAAUCUGAUGCAGGAAGCACACUUGUAACUAUGUGUGAAAGCAGUAAGAAAGAUCAAGAUGUUGUAGAAACACUGGAACAGAGUGAGAGAGAUUCUGUCUCUGUGGAAAAUAAAGGAGGUCGAAGGCCGAUGUUCAGACUCCCAAGAAAUGCAGUUGAGAAGCUACGUCAAGUAUUUGCAGAGACUGAGCUUCCUACAAAAGCUGUGAGGGAUCGUCUUUCAAAAGAGCUGAGUCUUGAUCCAGAGAAGGUCAAUAAAUGGUUCAAAAAUACACGGUAUAUGGCACUGAGGAAUAGGAAGACUGGGAGCGUGAAACAACCUGGGGAUUCGAAGACAGUCUCUGGAGGAGAAUCUGGACCAGAAGCAGUCAUGGAGAACAACACUGAAACAAAUGAAGUUCAAGAUACUUUGGAUGAGACAGUUCCACCCGGAUUUAGUGAUUCCGCUACGAAUCAGAAAAUUCUCUCUCCCUGUACUAACAACCAGGAGGAAAUUCAACAGGCCAAUGUCUCCUUUCCUUCACCCACAGAUGAUAGUCAACAUUAUCUGGAACAAAACGACUCUUCUUUCGCUCUAGUGCCACAUGAAGAGCUAAGCAGCGAAAUGAGCUUAAAGACGGCUGUUGAGGAGAAGGAGACAGAGAGCAAGAUGACGGAAGAGCCACAUGAAGAGCUAAGCAGCGAAAUGAUCUUAAAGACAGCGGUAGAGGAGAAGGAGACAGAGAGCAAGAUGAUGGAAGAGCCGCAUGAAGAGCUAAGCAGUGAAACGAGCUUAAAGACAGCUGUAGAGGAGAAAGAGACAGAGAGCAAGAUGACGGAAGAGUCACAUGAAGAGCUAAGCAACGAAAUGAGCUUAAAGACAGCUGUAGAGGAGAAGGAGACGGAGAGAAAGAUGACGGAAGAGGAAGAAUUUGAAGCAGUAAUGGAGAUGCUUUGUAGAACAGAAAACAAGUUAGUGGACGUGACGCAGAGGCUUGAGAGAUUUAAAACACCGAAAGGCCGGAAAAAGUUAGGGAAGUCUUCUUCUUCUUUAACUGAAGAAGACUCAGUAGUGUAUGUUCCAAUAGCAGAGAUCAAGGACAAAAGGUAACAAUAUAUAUUAGAGAAAAAAAAUCCUUUGCAGAAGUUUUGGUAUUGUUAGAUUCUUUUGGAACUUAGUCUAAGAACACCUAAUGUAGCUUUUGUAUUCUUCAGUUUGUAUGUGUUAUUUAAACUUCAGAUAAAAUCCCAUAAAAAAU